UGUACAUCCGGUUUGCCUGUCAAAUAGCAGUGAGCGAGCGCAGCCCCCAAAGAUUGGUAAUGUGGCACAUUGAAAGACAGGCGGUCAGACAGUAGCUACAUUUUCUUUUUCACGCUAGGAGGGAAAUUGUUUGAUUGCUCUGGUCGAAUAACAAUUUAAUCCCUCCCAUUCAACUGAGUUAUAGAGACGUUGUGAAAUUUACGAUUGUCCUUGCAUAGCGUUUGUUUCUGAAAGAAGAUGGCGGAUGUAGAGACUUGUGGUGCUGCUCCGGAGAAGAGCCUGGAUGAUUUCUUUGCCAAGAGGGAUAAAAAGAAGAAGAAAGAAAAGGGAGGCAAGGGAAAAGAAGCUCCAGCUGGGCCCACACCAAUUGUCUUGAAAAAGAACAAGAAGGAAAAGGAGAAGUCGGGCACGAAAAACGAAAAUCAAGAUGCGCAGCCGGAGAAGGAGGAUGAGGAGUGGAAGGAGUUUGAGGCGAAGGAGGUGGACUACAGCGGACUCAGACUGCAGGCUCUCCAGAUAAGUGAUGAGAAGGAGGAAGAGGAGUAUGAGGAAGAGGUCGGUGAAGAUGGAGAGAUCAUCCUGGUCAGUGGAGACAAAAUGUCUGGGCCUUGGAACAAGUCUGGUGCCCCGCCACCUGCCGCUGCCUCUGUUGAGGUGGAAGAGGUGCCUGAGUCAAAGCCUUCUGGGGUGUACCGCCCCCCAGGGGCCCGACUGACCACCACCAAGCGUGGCCCCAAUCAGGGGCCCCCUGAGAUCUUCAGCGACACACAGUUCCCCUCACUCGGGGCCGGCUCCAAGCAUGUUGAGACACGCAGAGACAGGGAGAUGGAGAAGACCUUUGAGGUGGUGAAGCACAAGAACCGUGGCCGAGAGGAAGGCGGCAGUGGGGCCUCCCUGCAGCAGUUGGAGCUCGGUAACCAGUACGCCAUCUUGGGGGACAAGUAGCACACCCCAACCCCCCCUCCCCUCCCCCGCCCAUCCAGCGUGGUCUUGCCCAGCCGCCAGAGGGAGCUGAACUACAGCUGUGUGUAUCUAACUACAGCGCAGUCCUGACAACGAAU